UUGCAAAAGUACAUCGAACUAAGUGGCUUGACGGAUUGUGAAUUCCAUUUAGGCAUCGUUGAUUAUGCACCCAAAUUAGAUAUUUUUUUUUGUUCAAACUGCAGUGCAACAUUUAUGUUAAAUAGCCGAUUAAUUGUAAAUAUCAUUUCGAAAUCGAACAAUUGCAUUUAGUUCGCAACAGGCGUUCAUAUCAUAGAUAUCAGCAAAUAAUGACAAACGUUGUGGCAGAUUUUUUCAAGGAUCGUGAAAUAUUCAUCACAGGAGGAUCGGGCACGGUGGGUAAGGCCGUUGUUGACAAACUUUUGAGAUCCUGCAAUGUGAAAAAGAUUUAUUUAUUGAUGCGACCCAAGAAAAAUCACACUCUUGAAGAUCGCUUGAGAAAGAUGAAGGCGGAAAUGAUUUUUCGCCGCCUAAUGUCGGAGAAGCCCAAUGAGUUUGAUGAAAAAAUCGUCAUGAUACCGGGUGAUGUUCAACACCCGCAGUUGGGAAUAACUGCCGAAUUGGCUCGUCAAUUGGAUAAUGUCUCCGUUAUUAUUCACGGUGCUGCCACAAUUCGCUUCGAUGAGUCACUGCGACAAGCGAUACGAAUAAAUGUUGGUGGAACAUAUGAAGUUUUGAAAUUGGCUGAAAAAUUGAAAAAUCUUCAAGUUCUAAUGCAUGUUUCGACGUUCUACAGUAAUCCCUAUUUGAGAUUUGUUGAGCUGAAAAUUUAUCAAUCGCCAAUGGAUUGGAAAUUCUGUUUGGAUUUGUGUUAUCGCACCGAUAUAUCCGACGAUAUGUUGGAUACUCUGACAAGAAAAUUAAUAGUAGGAUUUCCCAAUACUUACACCUUUACCAAGAACUUGGCUGAAUCCUUGGUGAAUGACUAUAAACAUAGACUGCCUGUGGCCAUAUUCCGGCCAUCGAUAGUUCUACAGGCUGUGGAAGAUCCUGAACCUGGGUUUCCCACCGCCCUUACCGGUGCCUUGGGUUUAUUUAUCCUAAAUGCUGCUGGAGUUUUGAAAACCAUUUACGUGACACCCGAUAUACGGCUGGAUUUAUCGCCACAGGAUCUGGUAACAAAAACUCUACUCUAUUACAUUUUCAGAACGUUCAAAUCCUAUGAGCUGGACAAGCAGCCAAAGGAAAUAGAAAUUUUCCACAUGACCUCAUCGACCCAUAGCGAUAUUACGUUGCCACAGUUUAACGUUGUGGUCAAUAAAUAUAAGAUUUUUGAGGAUUUGACUUUCGAAAAGAAUUUCCUCAUACCCGGGGUCUUUGUGACCAAUAGCCGAUUUGCCUAUAUGUUUAUGGUCUAUUUAAAACAACUUCUUCCGGGCUUGCUGGUCGAUAUGUUUCUUGUAGCUGCUGGUAAACAACCGCAACUACUAAAAAUUCAACGGAAAGUAUUUUUGACACUGGAAGUCAUGAAGCCGUUCAUGAAUAACAACUAUGACUGUAGCGGUAUUUCCCAUUACAAAGAAAUGGAUCUUCUUCUUCAUGGUACGGACUUCAAUGUGGACACCCUGAAAUAUUCCAAAAACUUAUUUGUGAACGUUGGCUACUGCUAUGACAUGAUUAGCAAAUCCCGUGAAAUUUUGCUGAAGGAAGAUCCGUCCACAAUUCCGCGGGCAAAGAGAAUACUUAAAAUAAAAAUCGCUUUAUAUCGUGCUCUACAACUAUUCUUUGCAUAUAAAGUUUAUAAUAGUUUUAUUGUCCCUUGGAUGUCUGAAUGGGAUUGGAAUGUGCACACCAACUACACAUUAAUUUUGGAGAAUUCCAUCUAAGCUAUUGAUGCUACGUUGGAAAAGGUUUAUUUUUUAUGUGAAUGUAAUAUUUUAAAUAAAAUUUACAAAUACAAAAUAAAAAUAAAAUAUAAAAAUAACA